CUCUCUGAGGUUACAUGCUGAAGGAUGCCAGGUUGAACUGAACAAAGGGGGGGCUGAAAGGUGUCCUUGGCAGUGUCCUAGGGCAUAUGCUAAGGCCCUGAGGCAGAACCUGCUAUAAUUAUUCACAUUUCAGCUGUGGUGGUUGAAGUCGUUGUUACCCAGAAUCUUCCCAGACCAGGCCUCCCCUGUUCAUGCCUAGUUGUAGUCAAAUCACGCCCAUAUCAGAUUCCAAACGCGUCUUUUCAGAGGGGAAACUCAGGCGGGGAAUCCGGAACGGGCGGAAACGAGACCCAGAAUUCGGCGCGGGCGGGAACAACCUGGGGAAUGCGGUGCGGGCGGGUACGAGCACCAGAAAGUGACGUGGGCGGGCGAGAACGAAACCCAGAAAACAAUACGGGCGGAGUCGAGAACCCCAGAGCGACGUGCGCAGGGCCAAGCUGGAGACUCGAGGUUCGGCGCGGGCGGGGACGAGAAGCAGCGCUCCGGCACGCGGGGACGGCGGCCCGCGCGGGCGGGUGCGGCCUUUGUCUCCACCUACGGCGCGCUCCGCGGCUGCACCCGCCCCAUGCUCCCGCGAUCCCUCGGAGCCCCGGCCGCCCGCUGCCCCUGACCUGCCCUGCCCUCACCAUGGCCGAAGCCGCCUCUGGCCCCGGGGGCACGUCCCUGGAGGGCGAGCGCGGCAAGAGGCCCCCGCCAGAGGGCGAGCCUGCAGCCCCGGCGUCCGGAGUUCUGGAUAAACUUUUUGGAAAGCGGCUCCUGCAAGCUGGUCGAUACCUGGUGUCCCACAAAGCGUGGAUGAAGACUGUGCCCACGGAGAACUGCGACGUGCUGAUGACCUUCCCAGAUACGACGGAUGACCACACGCUGCUGUGGCUGCUGAACCACAUCCGCGUGGGCAUCCCCGAGCUCAUCGUGCAAGUCCGCCACCACCGCCACACGCGUGCCUAUGCCUUCUUCGUUACCGCCACGUAUGAGAGCCUACUCCGAGGGGCCGACGAGCUGGGUCUGCGCAAAGCAGUUAAGGCUGAGUUUGGCGGGGGUACCCGUGGCUUCUCCUGCGAAGAGGACUUUAUCUAUGAAAAUGUGGAGAGUGAGCUGCGCUUUUUCACCUCCCAGGAGCGCCAGAGCAUCAUCCGCUUCUGGCUUCAGAAUCUGCGUGCCAAGCAGGGUGAGGCGCUGCACAACGUGCGGUUUCUGGAGGACCAGCCAAUUAUCCCUGAGCUGGCAGCCCGUGGGAUUAUCCAGCAAGUGUUUCCGGUCCACGAGCAGCGCAUCUUGAACCGCCUCAUGAAGUCAUGGGUGCAGGCUGUGUGUGAAAACCAGCCUCUAGACGAGAUCUGUGACUACUUCGGUGUGAAGAUUGCCAUGUAUUUUGCCUGGCUGGGCUUCUACACAUCGGCAAUGGUGUACCCAGCUGUCUUCGGCUCUGUACUCUAUACAUUCACAGAGGCUGAUCAGACAAGCCGGGAUGUAUCCUGUGUGGUCUUUGCCCUGUUCAACGUGGUCUGGUCGACGCUAUUCUUGGAGGAGUGGAAACGGAGAGGGGCAGAGCUAGCCUACAAGUGGGGGACGCUGGACUCACCCGGGGAAGCCGUGGAAGAACCACGACCCCAGUUCAGGGGCGUGCGACGCAUCAGCCCUGUGACGAGGGCCGAGGAAUUCUACUAUCCACCCUGGAAGCGGCUAUUCUUCCAGCUGUUUGUGAGUGUUCCCUUGUGUCUCACCUGCCUGGCCUGCGUGUUUCUGCUCAUGCUCGGCUGCUUCCAGCUGCAGGAGCUGGUGCUGAGUGUGAAAGGGCUGCCCCGUCUUGCCCGUUUCCUGCCCAAGGUUGUGCUGGCCCUGUUGGUCAGUGUAAGCGCAGAGGGCUAUAAGAAGCUUGCUGUCUGGCUCAACGACAUGGAAAAUUACCGGCUGGAAAGCGCCUAUGAGAAGCACCUCAUCAUCAAGGUCGUCUUGUUUCAGUUCGUCAAUUCCUACCUGAGCCUCUUCUACAUUGGCUUCUACCUCAAGGACAUGGAGCGCCUGAAAGAGCUCCUGCUCGUCCUGUCCCUGUCCCAGAGCCUCGAGCGGCAGCUUCGGGCGGUGCUGGUCCCGCUCGCGGCCCUGCGUUUCCGCCUGCUCCUCCUCUCCCUCCGGGGCCUCCUGCGCCUGGCCCGGGCCAAAAUGCUGGCCACUCUGCUGAUCACCCGCCAGUUCCUCCAGAACGUUCGCGAGGUCCUGCAGCCACACCUGUACCGGAGGCUGGGCCGUGGCGAGCUUGGCCUGCAGGCCGCCUGGGAGCUGGCCCGGGCCCUGCUUGGCCUGCUCAGCCUCCGGCACCCUGCACCCCACCGCCUUGAACCCCAGGCCGAAGAGGGUGGUGGCAGCGGUAGUGGAGGGAGCCGCAGGUGUCUCAGCGGGGGCUGCGGGGCACCUGAGGAGGAGGAGGAGGCUACAGUAGAGCAGCGGCCAGCAGGGGAAGGAGGGGAGAUGGGGGACAGGCUGCGGGGAGGCAAGGAGGAAGAAGAGGAGGAGGAGGAGGAGGAGGACGAGGAGGAGGAGGAUGAGGAAGAGGGUGAAGAGGGUGGCCUCCUGGACUAUGGGCUCCGUCUGAAGAAGGUCAGCUUCGCUGAGCGGGGGGCUGGGCGACACCGGCCUGGCCCAAGCCCGGAAGCCCUCCUGGAAGAGGGUAGCCCCACAAUGGUGGAGAAGGGGCUGGAGCCUGGUGUGUUCACGCUGGCAGAGGAGGACGAUGAGGUGGAGGGGGCUCCUGGCAGCCCUGAGCGGGAGCCCCCAGCUGUCCUACUCCGCCGGGCCGGGGGUGAGGGCCGUGACCAGGGGCCAUACGGGGGGCCAGAGCCAGAGCCUGGCUCAGGUGACUCGACCCGGAGGCAGCAGCGGCGACAGAACCGGUCCUCUUGGAUUGACCCGCCCGAGGAGGAGCACUCACCCCAGCUCACCCAGGCUGAGCUUGAAAGCUGUAUGAAGAAGUAUGAGGACACGUUCCAGGACUACCAGGAGAUGUUCGUGCAGUUUGGCUAUGUCGUGCUCUUCUCGUCCGCCUUCCCCCUGGCUGCACUGUGCGCCCUGAUCAACAACCUCAUUGAGAUCCGCAGUGAUGCCCUCAAGCUGUGCACAGGGCUGCAGCGGCCCUUCGGGCAGCGGGUUGAAAGCAUCGGCCAGUGGCAGAAGGUGAUGGAGGCCAUGGGUGUCCUGGCAAUCGUAGUGAACUGCUAUCUCAUUGGCCAGUGCGGGCAGCUGCAGCGCCUCUUCCCCUGGCUCAGCCCUGAGGCAGCCAUCGUGUCCGUGGUGGUGCUCGAGCACUUCGCUCUGCUUCUCAAGUACCUUAUCCACGUGGCCAUCCCUGACAUCCCAGGCUGGGUAGCUGAGGAAAUGGCUAAGCUUGAGUACCAGCGCCGGGAGGCCUUCAAGAGACAUGAGCGCCAGGCCCAGCACCGCUUCCAGCAGCAGCAGCGGCGACGGCGGGAAGAGGAGGAACGCCAGCGCCACGCAGAGCACCAUGCCCGGCGGGAGCGCGACACAAGCGGCCGGGAGGAGGCGCGAGCUGAGGGCUCUGGGCUGGACCCCACUGCCCCUGAUAAGGCUUCAGCCAAGACCAAAGGCAGUGGGGCAGGUGGCCACGGGCCGGAGCGGCCCAAGCGCCCAGGGUCUCUACUGGCACCCAACAAUGUCAUGAAGCUGAAGCAGAUCAUCCCACUACAGGGCAAGUUCCUGUCGUCAGGGGCUGCGUCCUCCCUGGCAGGCACGGGGCCCAGCCCCGCCACCCGGCUGCCCCCGGCCCAGUCGCCCACAGGCAGUGACACCCGCCUGCCCGCCUUCCUCAGCUUCAAGUUCCUCAAAUCGCCAGAGACUCGGCGAGACCCCGAACGCAGCCACUCACCACCCAAGGCCUUCCACGCCGGCAAGCUCUUCCCCUUUGGCGGGGCCCGGGCUGAGACCGGGGCCAAUGGGGCGGGCGGGCAGGCCCGGCUGGAUGGGACUCCCGGCGGUGGCAGUGGCAGCGGCAGUGGCCGGUCUCAGUGCAGUGGGCCGGUGGAUGAGGCUGCAGCUGAGGAGCCGGACGUCCCCCGGCCUGAAGAGGAAGGCUCAGGGACAGCGCUGGCCCACGCGGGCGCCCCUGCCCUUCACACCCACCGCAGCCGGAGCCCCGCGCCAUCAACACCAACGCCGCUGCCCCGGCCCCCGACGCCGCCCACCGGCUGCUGGCAGUGGGACGGGCCAUGGGGCUGCGGGGGUGAGGGUGCCGCCCCCCGCCAGGCCCCCACCGCCAACACCGAGUGCCCACCCUGUGCCCUGGCCGGGCCCCCACCUGCCCCCCAGCCCCUGCCGGGGGACACCAGCUUCUACAGCCUCGCGCCUCCGCCGCUACCGCCUUCCUCCGAGCCUCCGGCGCCCUCGCCCAGCCCCAGCCCCAGCCCCAGCCCCCAGGCCGUUUGCUGGCCCAGCGGCUGGCACUAGCUCCGCCCGGCCUCCUGCCUUCCUGUUCACAUGCAAUAGCAGCCUAGGACGGGCGGCCGCCACCCAGGAAAUGCUUUGACCCCUCGGCCCCCAGUAUUGGCUGCCCCCUCCAAAGGGCAAAGGCCCGGGCAUCCCUAUCUGCCGUUUUCCUUUUGACUGGAUGGGGGAAAUGAAAGGAAACACCCCCAAAAAAACAACAGAAAACAGAAUAAUCGAUUAUUUAUUUGUUUUUAAUUUAUUUUGUCAUAUUUUUGUAAAACGGCAGAAAUGCAAUAAAAAGUAUAUUUCAACAGUGCCCGGGGAUGGAGCAGUGGAAUUGGGGCUCAGAAGGCCCAGUGACUUGAGGUUGGUGCUGGCUCUUGGGGCCUAGUGGGCCUAGGGUGAGUGCCCCUCCAGUCCUGUGACCUUGGUGCCUCCUCCUAAAAACUGGGUCUCCAGGCCAUGGAAAACAGAUUGCGGCCUCUGAGACGGCCCAGAUUUGGGGACCAACUCCAGGCAUGGGGCCCCUGGGAGGAGCAGCAGAGCCUCAGGCCUUGUCUUCAACCUCCUAGACAAAGGAAGAAAUCUCAAAGUGCUGAAGGAACUCGGCAGUUUGGGUGCCAGGCCUGGGAGUCAGCUUCCGCCCUGCAGGGUGACACAGUCCUCUCAGGUGCAUUUUCUGGCACAUCUGCCUCCCAGGCUGCCAUCUGAGGAGCCAGGGGCCAUAGGAAGAACUUAAAAGUAUGAAAAUCGAAAGGCACCUUGUGCCUGAGUUGGAAAGUUGAGGGAAUAUUCCAGAGAUCCCCUGACAGAUGGGGUGGUGGUGGCGCAUGGCUAAGAUGCCCCACUGUGGGAUGGUUGUCAGACCAGUCACUGGGUCUCAUCCCUGGGUGAUCAGGAACGGAUGGGGCUCUCCAUACCUCAAAUGUGUCCACAUCCAAAGUCUCAGAGCCCGACGGGGCCCUGUCCCAGGGCUGGAGUAGUCAGUGUCAGGAAGGGGCACUGAGAGGGGGGGGGGGACUGUGAAAGAAAUCGGGUUCACUGAAGGCAGGAGAGCAGCCUGUGCAAAGGCACAGAGGUGUGGAAAGGCAGAGUUAGGUGUUUGGGAGAGCAGAGGAGUUAGGGGGGCCCCGAGGGCAGGAGUGAGUGGAGGCCAGCUUCGGGGCCUGCACCCGAGACCACAGGGAAGUCUGGGUUGGGCAUGGCUGUGGGACCCCUACCCACCAACACCAUGGAUAGCAUUGGCAGGAUGCAAAGGGGCUGGGGAGGUGAGUGCAGGUACUGCCUGCUCUUGCUCUGCCCUGUGGCUUUGGAGCUGAAUUCCCGCCAACUUCUCAGUUACUAACCAUCAGCAAUGCCAAGUGCCUGCCCAGGGUCAGACCAGCCCCUGGGACGGGAUUCCAAGCAAGUCUGAGAGCCUCAGCAUAACCACAGUCAAGCCUGCCUUUUCCUGAGCACCUGCCUUGUCACCACAGGGACCCAACAUUGCACCCAUUGCAUGGCUACCACCUGAACUGGGAGGUGAAGCCUCUGGCCCCAUAACACAGCUGAAUGGCCUAGCCUGGAACCUUCUACCAUGGGAGGCGCUGGGCAACCCAAACCUGAGCAGUCUGGCUCAGGAAGGGCCCUUCACAGGGAUAAUCUAGGGCAGGCACCCCCUCCAGCUCCAUGGUCCAAUCCCUCACCACCCUCAGCUCUGACACGGCAGCCCCUGCUCAGGGCAGCCCCAACUAGGGAGCUUGGGGUGCUCAGAGAGCAGCAGUACUCCCUUGGGCCCUGGGCCCAGUGCUCAGGGCCUUGAACCUUCUGCCUGGAGCCUGAACACCCCCUAUGUCCCGCCGCACUCCGUGCCUCCUCUUGGAACCGGGGGCAUGAAGCCAGGCCACCUGGGCUGUCUCCAGCGGCCUGCGGACAUGCCGCCAUGCUCGCCAAUGUCCUGGGCGUGGCGUCCACCACAGCGCUGUUGUUGGUGGUGUCAACCAUCUCUUGGGGGCAUCAUGAUCCUCGGGGACACUUGACAGGUGAGGCAAAAGGGUGGGUCCAGGCAGGUCUUAGCUCUGAGCUAGGUGGCCACAACAGGCCCCCAAGAGAAUCCAGCUGCUCCUGGGGCCCCAGCAAUUGGGGGGCCCCUCUUGGCUCCUCUUGGUGAUGAUGGGACAACUUUCAGUGGCUCCAUCCUCUGGGGCUGAGGCAUGUGGAGCAAAGACUCAAAGUCAAAUAGGAAAGAUCCUUUUAUUGGGGUGGACACGGAGCACGAACAAGUCCAUGAUAAAAUGACUUAAGAGAAAGAUCCAGAAGGGCCGACUUCUCUCUCCCAUUGGUGCCAGCUCAGAACAAGGUCUGAGCACAGAAUAGGUCUCAGUGGAACGCGAGUCAAGGCCAAGUCUUUAAGGCCAGACUGAUGAGUGGGAACGGGGAGAAGGGUCCCACCCCUGCCGCCCAGCCGAAGCAUGGCCUGUCUCUAGACCCUCGCAGACACACUCUGGUUCUCCGGAGGACUGGGGGGGUAGAAGGAGGGGAUCUGGAGGGAGGUGAUAACAAUGUUGUUUUUUAAGAAGCAUCUACCAACAUCACACUACUGGGUCUGACGUCCCCUUUAACCAUCGCUCGGUACAUUUUACAGCAUAAAUAAAGACUCAAGGAAAA